CCAGUGGUUUUGUCAGUACGGCAGUUCCAAUAGAUGCUAGGGUGUCUGAUCAACUCAAGUCCAAAAUUUGGUCAAACCAGUAUAUAGACUUCUUAAAACUGCUGUCUAAGGACAAACAAAAGAAAGGUAAGUUCUCUCUACAAGUGGAAGAUGGUGACAGUCCCGGUAAGUUGACAAUCCACCAGGUGGACAAUGAUUCAUUAAAUGACACAUCUGUCUCUUCCAUGCAUGACUGGCUUACAGCAUGGAACAGAUUUUCAGCAAUUUAUUGCAUGAAAUAUCCUGAUCAACAAGCCCAAUUGGCAAAGCAUUUAGAAGCUGUCAGGGAAAUAGCAGAUGCAAAGGGUAAUUGGAAAGAUUAUGAUAGGGACUUUAGAACACUAGUCGCCCAGGGACAAGUUGCCUGGGGGGAUGUCCAUAUGGAGUUGUAUGUCAACGCCAGACUGACAACAAGUGCCUGCUUCCAAUACCAUUCAGGUAAACACUGUCAGGCAGGAAUGUCCUGUCGUUUCCAGCAUAGAUGCUAUAACUGUUCGGGGGCUCACCCAUUUGUUCAAUGCACAAAACCAACUAAGCAUCCCUUUCGUGUCAUGCAAAAAUACCAAAACCAAACAAGCAAUACAAAUAAACACUCUACCCAAACAAAAACAAACUCAUCUUCCAAACAAGGGUCCUACUCCAAUCAAGGCAAAUAG